CUUGGGCCGGCCCUGCUGCAGGGUGCUGGAUAGCAAAACAAUGUCCAACACAGCAAGCGGCACACCUGGUUCUCCUGCAGCCGCAGACAUUCACAUGUCGCCCAGCGCUGGAGCAGCUGGGUGGGUGUCGGCAGGUGGAGCUCCGCCAUCCCGUCCAGACCUGCAGGAGGGUCCAGGUCCAGCUCUGCCUCAGAGAAACGCGCUCCGUCCCCGCGCACCCACCUCACCCGCACGUGGACCCACGGCGCUUCCAGAAGCGCUCGAGCUCCGGUGAGAGUUGAGAGCGCGUGAAGGAGCGCGCGCGCGCGCACGGUGCCGAACAGCCAGCGGGACCGGACCGGACGGGCUCGCGUCGCCUCAGCUGGAGGAGCUUCCUCUGCUUUUAUCCGCUUCUUUUAUUUGUUGUGUAUUUAAAUUCCGGUUCCUAAAAUGGGAUUCUGACAAAACCCGAGCUGCGGGCGCCGUCGGCUCCUCCUGACCGGAAAAUGAAGCGUCUCUGUCGGAGGCUGGCGGUGACCGUGGCGGUGCUGGUGUGGCUGGGAGCGCUGGUUUACCUGCUGGUGCUGAGUCGGAGGAAGUUACCGGAGCUCGGCGCCGGAGCUGGAGCAGCAGCCGGAGGCGCAGACACUAACCAGAUUUCCGAUGCGGAGUGGGAGGACAUGUUGGAGGGCUUUGAUGAGCGGAGUUACCUGAACGCUCGGCGCUGGAAGCCCGGCGACGAUCCGUACACGUUGUACGCCUUCAACCAGAGAGAGAGCGAACGCAUCCCCAGCGACCGAGCACUGAGAGACACGCGCCACUACAG